CUCGGGCAGUGCCCGAAUGAUCAGUCCGCCCCUGUCUGCAAUAGAAGAGAAGCAGCUUUGGGGGUCCGAACAAUUGUGCAGCUGGUAGGAAGGAGCGGGAGCAAUGAAUUGGGUUGCAAAUGCACAGAACAGCUCACAAGAUCAGUAGAGCGGAGGUAAUGCUACAGCUGGAAGUGGAGACAUCAAGGUGACAACAACGAGAGAGGCUAUCGCACUGGAGGGGAGAUACACAAGCAAAGGCUAUCACAGAGGAAGGCCUCUGCAUGAAACACCCUUUUCUGAUUUCCCAGUCUUGGUCCCACACUGCGGACAUGCUUGAGUUGGUUUCCACUAUCGGGGGAGCUGUGAACAUUUUCACUUCUUGAGAACAGAGGACUCCGUCACCCACCCACACGCACUUUCCAGCUGUGUAUGCCACCUGGUGUAAGUGUCACUUAAACCCACCGAGCAGCGCACACAUUAGUCCCCAUCUCCACGUCAGAAGAGAUGGAGGCCGUGGCCAUCUACAACUUCAAAACCACAGAGAGAGAUGAGCUGCCCUUCAACAAAGGAGACAUACUAAAGAUCCUCAAUAUGGAAGAUGAUCAGAACUGGUUUAAAGCAGAACUUAAAGGACAGGAGGGCUACAUUCCGAAGAAUUAUAUCAAAGUAAAACCCCACCCUUGGUACGCCGGUCGGAUCUCCAGGCAGGUAGCGGAGGAAAUCCUGCUGAAAAAGAGAUUUCUAGGCGCCUUCCUGAUCCGUGAUAGUGAAAGUUCACCCGGGGAAUUCUCUAUCUCUGUCAAUUAUGGCCAUCACGUGCAGCAUUUUAAGGUUCUUCGAGAAAAAUCUGGAACCUACUUCCUGUGGGAAACCAAAUUUGGCUCGCUCAACGAACUUGUGGAAUUUUAUCGAUCGAGUUCCAUCGCCAAGACCCAUCCAGUACUUCUGCGAGAUGAAGAGGAGAAGAAGAAGAAGAUUUUUGUCCAGGCCCAAUAUGACUACCGAUCAGAAAAGGCCUACGAGCUCUCUUUCCAGAAAGGGGAAAUCAUUGAAGUCCUGGACAAUGCAGAUCCCUGCUGGUGGAAUGGAAGGAUUUCCGAAAGGGUUGGACUCUUCCCUCGGAACUAUGUCAACCAGAUCAACAUGUGAUGGUGUGACCAUCGCUCCUCUGCUUAAUGACUCUGAAACCAAGCUGUGUCAGCAGGUGACAACGACCUCAACCAAACUGAGAAAAGGUGGAAUACCUCCUUAUAUUUUCUUAUCAUCAUAGAGACUUUCCUAUGGACUUUUAUUUUUAUUUCAUAACUUAUCUAGUAACAGAAAAUCUUUUUUUCUUAUUAAAGGGACAAAUUAUACAUAAAAUAAGUAGACUUUUAUGUUUGCAUCUGAAGUAAUGCUCUAAAACAGGGGUUUCCAAACUACGGCCCAUGGGCCACCUCCAGCCCACUACAAGAUUUUAUCCAGCCCUCAGCUAGGGUCAGUGGCGUAUCCUCAAUGGGCACACAUUGAGGGUUACGAUGAGCAGAGGAUACCUAUGGUCUCCGCCUUAACAACCACUCCCCCCUUAAACUGUACCUUGACUUUGAUGGGGACACUGAUAUUAGGGGGACUCUCAUAUAAGAGAGACUCAAAUGGGGGCCCUAAAGUAAGGGGCUCCGAUGGUGACCCUGAGGUAUGGGGGUAUUCUGAUGUACGGAGAAGUCUGAUGGGAACCCUGAGGUACGGACGGGGGUUCUGAUGGAGACCUUAAAGUAAGGGGGAACCCUGAUGUAAGGGGGUAUGCUGACGUAAGGGGAAGUCUAAUGGGGACCCUGAUGUAACCCCCUUGUGCUAAGGGGGGACUGUGAUAGGAACCCUGAUGUAAGAAGAGACUUUGCUGGGGAUUGUUUGUCAUACUGCAAAUAUUCAUAACGUAUACAAUAUGGUCCUCAUGCUCUAAAAAAGACACCUGACCAACAAACAAACCUGGAAACCUUUAAGAGUAAAUUGUGUUGACCUAAAGAGUGUAAUUCAUUUUUAGAGUCUUAAAAAGUGUAUGCAACUGUCCAAGUUUCAAUAAGACAACCUUUACUCCAUUUCAGUGGAACUCCAGGCAUACUGGUAAGUACACAUGAAAAGAACUCACCACUCCAGGUGUAGCUGUUACCCACACCUGAGUGCUAGCCCCGGCUCGCCUCCAUUGUCAAAUAAGAAACGGCUGCACCUCAAGUGGGCUCCAAGUAAAGUUUAUUGGAAUAUAAAAAUAUUGAAAAUUACACCAGUGGACACCAGCAGUGGUCAAGGUAGGCGUGUUCCACAUAACAUAAAUGUGCUUAAUCAUUACCUGGUACUGGUAAUCCAGACUUGGACACAUGCAUUUUUUAAAUAUAUAUAUAUAUGGGGACAAGUAUUAUGGAUAUAAAAAUUAUUUGUUGAUGAUAAGGGUGGAGUUCCUCUUUAAAGUGCCUUCAUUGUUUAAAGUGUGUUAUUUAUUAAAUGACAUAGCUGUCUCUAAAAAGAACAUCCUCUGACUUAUAUAUAAGAAUUUAUUUUUGAUUUCUUUGCUAAAAAAUGUUUGUUGCCUCAGCAAGCCGCACACAAACUGGAGAGAGGCCGUGGCCUUUAAACAGCGCCUGGACUGUACAGUUUGCUAUAAUGUUGUACAAGCUAUUAACAGAACAAAAAUAAAAGUGGUUAGACGUU